GGAUUAGUUAGAGCCCGUCUCCCGAUCACUGUCCGCAAAUCGAGAAAUCCCAGGGGAGCAGAUUAGGUGUAGCCCCCAGCCAAGCAGCCUGCACCCAUGGAUCCUGCCAAGUCUCGCCCACUGCUAGAAAAGAAAGCGCUGAACUGCAACGGGUUCUUACGGGAGGACAAGAAGGAGCCGGCAGCGGCGGGGAGCCGGGGGGAUGUGGGCAGGGCAGGCAUGAGCACCCCACCUGUAGAUACCUGGAGAGAGGAGAGAGCCCGCAGCGAGGAGGACAACGAGCUCAACCUGCCUUCCCUGGCCACAGCUUAUGGCACCAUCCUCCGGGCACUGGGAGAGGACCCAGGCAGGCAGGGCUUGCUCAAAACCCCAUGGAGGGCAGCCACCGCCAUGCAGUAUUUCACUAAGGGCUACCAGGAAACGAUAUCAGAUGUGCUGAAUGAUGCCAUAUUUGAUGAAGACCACGACGAAAUGGUGAUAGUUAAAGACAUUGACAUGUUUUCCAUGUGUGAGCAUCAUUUAGUCCCAUUCAUUGGAAAGGUGCAUAUAGGCUAUCUACCAAACAAACAGGUGCUGGGCCUCAGCAAGCUUGCCAGGAUUGUGGAAAUAUACAGCAGAAGAUUACAAGUUCAAGAACGCCUUACAAAACAAAUUGCCAUAGCAAUUACAGAAGCCUUACAUCCCUCUGGUGUUGGAGUGGUUGUUGAAGCAACGCACAUGUGCAUGGUAAUGCGAGGUGUCCAGAAAAUGAACAGUAAAACUGUAACGAGUACCAUGCUAGGGGUCUUUCGGGAAGAUCCAAAGACUCGGGAAGAGUUCUUAACACUCAUCAGAAGUUGAUUCCCAUGCCAAAGGCCUGAACCUGCUCAAAACAUUUUAUUGUACAGUGGAAUUGGUCAAUUUUAUUUACAUCCAGCUACAUUGUUUGUCCAGUCUGUGUUUAAAGAAAAUAUGGCGCCUAGGCACUAAGGCUUAAGGAGUAUCUCCAAUAGACAAACUGUCUUAUCCUGACAAGCCUUUUAUUUUUUAUUCCUGAAAAUGCUUCAGAUUAAAGAGUGGCUUUUAGAACAGCAGGGAGCUGGAGAAACUGCUAACUGCUUUGUGCAUAUCCCCUGAUGUGUGUUUACAUAGUUUUAAUAUAUAUGUGUAAUGUUUGGAGUGAUAAGCAUCUGUGUACAUUCCUGUGAUUAAUUAGCAGGUCAUAAAGAAAGAUUAAAAGAAAAGAUUAUAUGGAAAGCCAAUGGUUCUUAAUGUGCUAUGGUUAUUGGCAUAUUCUAUUAAGCAUAUGCCAAGGUUGUAAAAGCACAGGUCCCCUGGGCCACUAUACUAAGUUUUCUGUCAUAUUGUGCUUAAUAUUAGGAAAUACCUGCUCUGAGUACAGGCUCUGGGCAAAUGUAAGGAGUUGUUACUGCUUAUUAUAUGCUUGGGGAAUCCAUUUACCAACCACUUUUAGUAGGCCACACCCAAGUGAUUCUUUGCUAUGCCAUACUGACUGAAGACUUUUUGUAUGGAGAUAAUGACACUACAGUAGGGCUAUGAUUAAAAAGAAGACUGUAGCCAGGUAGGCAGCAAACAAUGCAGAAUUAAGGCUAAUGUCCCGUCUAGAGAUUUAGUUGCCUGCAAUAGAUCUGUGCUACUGCAGGCAACUAGUCUCUCUAAAAUGCCUUUCCACUAGCAACUUAAAGUUGCCUGCAGGAGGAAUGUGUUGGCCUUUCUGCCAGCGAUUCAUAUUGUUCCCGGUGGAAAGGCAUUUUGGAGACAUUAGCAGAGAUCUAUCAUGGGCGACUAUAUCUCUCCAUGGGACAUCAGCCUAAGGCCUAAUUUAUUAAAACUGGAGUUUGCAGGAAAAAAUGCGAGUGCCAAGCACAGAAUUAAAACACAGACAAAUCGCAAAUGGCUUUUCUUUUUCCUCAAGCAGUACCUUAUUUAAGAAAAAAACAUGACAGAAUAAUCUCAGGUGCAUUUUUUCACAGAAAAAGUGAGAAUCACAUUGUUCCAAUUACUCAAUGAGGCUAAAACUUAAAAUAAAUAAAUAAUGUUUUUAUAGAAGAUCCCCAUUAACAAACACACAAGCUUUUACUUGUUUCUUUCUGGCAACUGUGGCAGUUUUUUCUUUAAUAAAUACUGACUACUUGAGGUUUACAAAAAUA